AUGUCAUCGGCGAAAUCAAAUGAUGCCUUGAGCACAGUUUCUGUGGCCGAAAGUACCAAUCAGAAACUUUCCCGAAACUUCGGAUGGCUUUCGCUGUUAGGUAUUUCUUUUUCUCUCACAAACUCGUGGUUAGGUGUCUCAUCAUCACUAGUUGUUGGUCUUUCCAGCGGUGGUCCACUUCUGAUUGUUUAUGGAUUGAUCAUCGGGAUGUUCUUCACUUUUAUGUGCGGCUGGUCACUCGCUGAGUUUUCCUCAAUGCUCCCAAGCAGCAGCGGAGCUUGUUUCUGGGUUUUGAAAAUGCUCGAAAGAAGACAAGACGCGAUAAAACCUAUCGAAGACUUUGCACAGCCUUUGAGCUCAGAUAACGAGACAGAGGAGAUCAACCUUCAAUGGGCCUGCACUACAACAAAUGUGGAGAUUACUUCGUCGUUUCAAAGAUCAAUGGCUUUAGUAGUUGGCCUCAUCAACUACUUUGGCGCGAUCUUCACGACAGCUAGCGUAUUUUCUUCUUUGGCGCUGAGCAUCCUUGGCGUUCAUUCCCUUCUAAACCCGGACUACCAGCUUAAACACUGGCACAUUUUUAUUACUUACGAAAUCCUUAAUGUGCUGCUUACUUUCAUCAACUGCUGGUCUGUAAUACUCCCUCUUUUAUCCCAAUUCGGACUUUACAUGUCAGUGCUAACCUAUUUGAUAACUUUUAUUAUUUCGAUGGUGUGCCGCAGUAACAAUACAGAUAUUGCUUGGCCCAAGUCUAACGAGGUAUUCGGAGAAUUUAGAAACACGACGGGAUGGAGUUCAUCCGCUAUGGCAUUUAUUGUCGGACUCAUCAAUCCACUGUGGGCAUAUGCUGGAAUUGAUUCCGCCACACAUAUGGUCGACGAAGUUGGUUACAAGCAAUCGAGAAAGCUUGUUCCUAGAGCUAUAAUAAGCACUAUUCUCAUCGGUUUUGUGACCAGCUUCACAUAUGCAAUUGGCAUGUUUUUUUGUAUCACAGAUGCCGAAAAGGUGACUGAAUCAAUUUUACCGAUAUUAGAGAUUUACUACCAAGCCACUGGUAAUAGAAACUUGAGCGUAUUCAUGCAAUGUUGCUGCAUUUUAACAGGUAUUACCUGCGGGAUUGCCAGUGUCACUUGGCAAAGUAGAAUAUUGUGGAGUUGUGGUAGAGAUUUUUCCAAGCUUUCCGAGGAAAGACCUAUGUCUCGCAAAGUAAUGGGAUUCUUUGGUAUGGUGAACCCUCAACUCAAGGCUCCGUUGAAUUCUCACCUGUUUUCUCAGCUGCUUGUAGCUGUGAUAGGCUGUAUCUUUAUGGGAUCAUCGACAGCAUUCAAUGCCAUUAUUACAGCUUGCAUUACAUUGUUGCUACUGACCUACGCUAUUCCUUGCACUAUUUUGUUUUUUGUGGGUAAGGCCUCUUUCUACAGCCGUAUCAGAAAAGAGCUCGCGAGUCUAGGCGUCUCUACGAAGGGCUUUCCAGUGACCAGCAAAUUUGGAUACAUUCCCAACACCCUCACGAUUUGUUGGGCCUUGUUUUGCUUAAUUUUCCUAUCUUUCCCUUAUAAUCUCCCCGUUGAUUCUGCGAGUAUGAACUAUGUCUCUGUGGUAUAUGGUGCAGUUGGCCUGCUCGUCGGUAUUAUAGUAGUUUUGUAA